AUGAACCAAAGGCAGCUGCUUAUGUCUAGUCUUCAGAUAUUUGAAGAAGAGGAACUCACUGGAGUAGCUCACAUUAACAGGUCUCCUGUGAUGAGGGCCAGGAGGAGAAAUUGUUUGAAGCCAUGGGUCAUUGGACUCAUCUCCUUUAUAUCCCUGAUUGUCCUGGCAGUGUGCAUUGGACUCAUUGUUCAUUAUGUGAGAUACAAUCAAAGGAAGACCUAUAAUUACUACAGCACAUUAUCAUUUUCAAGUGACGAAUUAUAUGGUGACUUUGGAAGAGAGGCUUCUAAAAAUUUCACAGAAAUGAGCCAGAAAAUUGAAUCAAUGGUGAAAAAUGCAUUUUAUAAGUCUCCAUUGAGGGAAGAAUUCGUCAAGUCUCACAUUAUCAGAUUCAGUAAAGAGGAAAAUGGAGUGUUAGCUCAUAUGCUGCUGAUUUUUAGAUUUCGCUCCACUGAAGAUCCUGAAACCAUAAAUAAAAAUAUUCAACGUGUUCUACAUGAAAAGCUUCAAGAUGCUGUAGGACCCCUUAAACUAUAUCCUGAAUCAGUUGAAAUAAAAAAAAUCAACAAGACAGAAACAGACAACUUUCUGAACAGUUGCUGCGGGACUCGAAGGAAUCAAACUACAAAUCAGAGUCUCAGGAUUGUUGGUGGGACACAGGUAGAAGAGGGUGAAUGGCCAUGGCAAGCUAGCCUGCAAUGGGAUGGGAUCCAUCGCUGUGGAGCAACUUUAAUUAAUUGCACGUGGCUUGUGAGUGCUGCUCAUUGCUUUAGAGUGUAUAAAGACCCAGCCGGAUGGACUGCCUCCUUUGGAGUAACAAUAAAUCCUCCAAAAAUGAAGCGAGGCAUCAGGAGGAUAAUUGUCCAUGAAAAAUAUAAAUACCCAUCACAUGACUAUGAUAUUUCAGUUGCAGAGCUUUCUAGCCCUGUUCCUUACACAAAUGCGGUACACAGAAUUUGUCUCCCCGAUGCAUCCUAUGAGUUUCACCCAGGUGAUGAGAUGUUUGUGACUGGAUUUGGAGCACGGCAAAAUGAUGGUAACAGUCAAAAUCAUCUUCGGCAAGUACAAGUGAAUCUCAUAGACACUAAAACCUGUAAUGAACCUCAAGUUUACAAUAAUGCCUUAACUCCUAGAAUGUUAUGUGCUGGCUCUUUGCAAGGAAAAAGAGAUGCAUGCCAGGGUGACUCUGGAGGACCACUGGUUAGUCCAGAUGCUAGAGAUAUCUGGUACCUUGCUGGAAUAGUGAGCUGGGGAGAUGAAUGUGGGCAACCCAAUAAGCCUGGUGUUUAUACCAGAGUGACUGCCUUUCGGGACUGGAUCACUUCCCAAACUGGUAUUUAAGAGAGAAAAACCU